CGCCGCGGGUGGCGCUGCGGUAGGAGCCGGUCAGAUCGGCGCCGAGGCCAACAUGGUGAAGUUCGGUCUCCAGGUGAAAGCCACGCUGGAAAAUAUCAGCAAACUGCGGCCAGAUGGCGAGGAUUUCCGCUGGUACCUGAAGCUGAAAUGUGCAAAUUGUAGAGAAGCGUCCGACAAGUGGCAGUACAUCUCGCUAAUGGAGAGCGUCCCGCUUAAAGGAGGGAGGAGCAGCGCCAGCAUGGUGCAGAAAUGCAAACUCUGCUCAAGAGAAAACUCCAUUGAUAUCCUGAGGGACACGAUCAAGCCUUACAACACCGAGGACAGUGAGAGGUUUAAGACAGUCGUGCACUUUGAGUGUCGAGGGUUGGAGCCGGUGGACUUUCAGCCUCAGGGAGGUUUCGUCGCAGAAGGGGCCGAAUCUGGGACACGGUUCAGUGAGAUUAACCUGCUAGAGAAGGACUGGACUGAAUAUGAUGAGAAAAUCCAGAAGUCUGUGGGAGUCUAUGAAGUUACUCAUCAGUUUGUCAAAAUCUGAACGCGAAUGUGCACCGACUGACACUGAUACAACCCAAAGCAUCUGUGUGAUUGCCGUUGCCUGCGGUUCUGCCCACUCCUGAACUGUUGCCGUGCCUUGUGUCAGGGUAAAGGACAUUUGCAGGAUAUCACCACCCGGUUGCCAGUCUGUACUGACUCUCCGCUUCCUGGCUACAGCGAUAUUAAAACUGCAUUUCCAGCUGAAA